CGACGCUAGAUUCACACAACCUCUCACACCGACUAUGAAGAAAUAUCUAGACAUCAAGCCCAAACCUAUAGCGAUACCGUCUAAUCCACAAAGCCGUCCCCCGUCUGCACAGUCUACCCGCUCCAACGACGGCAAACUGCCACCGUUACAAUUUUCGUCUUCGACAUCGGCCUUGAAGUCUACGGCCGGGGGUUCGUCUACGCAGGCGGUUCCAACGAGUCGGGUGCACAUGCGAUCCGCGUCUUCGUCAGAUCUUGCUGGGUCAACCGCACAAUCUACUGCGAUAGCCCGGCAGAGGCAGAUCUCGGGAGACAGAAGACAUGUCGCUGCACCAUCGGGUCGUUCUGCAGCUGGCAGGACGGAUAUGCCUCCCCCAUCCAUUGUCCCCAGCAGAAGUGGUGCGAACAUCGGCGCGGCAGGCGAUAUGGGCAAGGGCCGCGUUCAAGGGAUCACCAAGGACUCUAGCGAUGACAGGUUGUUCCAGUCCACUCCAGCUGAAGCUCCGUCACGUUCCGCGACAUCGACAUCGACGACGGCAUCUCGACAAGUAGAUUCGGGUCCCUUCCGCCCGCAAGCGCAGGGCAGCACGUCGGGGCCGAGGAGACCUGUGGUUCGGCAGGAUGUACCGCAGGACCCACCCGGCCGCAGCAGAACGGGUCCGAUACGCCCUGUAUCAAGUAUGGCGGCGAUGCCUCCCUCGCGACAGGAAGUGGCGGAGAGACCCCAUCGCGUCGUCGGUGGUGCGAGGCGGGUACCGCGUGUGCUGCCGCCAGAACCAGAGCCACAACCUGCCGCUGUACCAGAAGUUAAACGUGGAGGUGACAACGCUGAACGCAAACCGCAGGCACCGCUUGGACCCGCUAAGCGGUCUCGCAGUGCGGAGCCUCGCGGUGGCGUUCCAGCUAAGGUCGCCGUUGUGCCAAAGACCAGGCAGGUAAAGCCUGCUGUUCCGAAGGCUAACGAGAGGGCGAAACCGAUCCCGAAGGCUGAAACCACACAGCGCGCGGGCGUGUCCCAUGGAAGUACGACGGCUCAGAAGGGACGCAGCGACAAGACCCUACCACCUAAACGCGGAGGACAUGCGCCAUCAGGCUCCCGCGACGCGACAGCUGUAGCUGCAGAAAGCAAGGAGAACAAACGCGAGGGUGGCGACGAAGUGUCCCAGAGCGCGACGCAACCAACAGAGAUUCCUUUGCCUCCCAGCCCGCAUCACGAUGCAGCACCGGCGCUCCCACCUACAGACGUACCCUACCUCCGAGCCCACAGCAGACUGCGUGCCCUCCAACCGCGCCCAAGAUCGAUGUUACCAACGAUCCAGCGACGCCCGACGGUCCACCCAGCGCCGUUCAGCGUGUCACCGCCGUCGCGCAGACACCCAUAUCUGCGCUCUUCGCUGACAUAGAGCGUGGAUUCCUGUUCACCCCUGGGGAUCCGCUUUCUCCUGCGCAAACCUAUGCUGAGCAAAAGGGAAAUGCGCCUGUGCUUCCUCCGCUGCGGGCCCUUAGAACUAGCAGACUGUCCGAUAUUACGGAAUGAAGAAUGCCAUCUUGUUUCGGUUGUGCUGAUGAUACCAGUGCAUACUAGCAU